UUGGCGCGUGCACAACCAGCCGAUAAGUACAUACUUGUUAAGGGAAUAAUCAACAGCAAGCUUAAUCCUGCACGGGAAAUUGUUGCUGUGACAGGCGAUGGCACGAACGAUGGUCCUGCUCUCAAAAAGGCUGAUGUCGGCUUUGCUAUGGGUAUCGCUGGGACGGAUGUAGCAAAAGAAGCAUCCGAUAUCAUUCUGACUGAUGACAACUUCACAUCAAUCGUGCAAGCGGUUAAGUGGGGCCGCAAUGUGUAUGAUUCCAUCUCAAAAUUUCUCCAGUUUCAAUUGACUGUGAAUGUGGUUGCCGUAAUGACUGCUUUUGUUGGUGCUUGUACGGUGUCCGAUUCACCACUGAAAGCCGUUCAUAUGCUAUGGAUCAAUCUCAUUAUGGACACACUGGCGUCGUUGGCGCUGGCCACCGAAAGACCAACUGAUGAUUUGUUGAAUCGAAAACCGUAUGGUCGUAACAAGUCGUUGAUCUCACGAACGAUGGUCAAAAAUAUCGCAUCGCAUGCAGUCUAUCAGAUGAUCAUUCUUUUCACACUUUUCUUUUACGGACAUCGACUUUUCGGUAUUAAGAGUGGUCUAUACGCGGCACUGUUUGCACCGCCCAGUCAACAUUUUACGAUUGUAUUCAACACGUUCGUAUUGAUGACAUUAUUCAAUGAAAUAAACUCGAGAAAAGUGCACAGCGAAAGGAAUGUUUUGAAGGUUUGA